GGGCCGAGGCUGCUGGCAGUCCGGCUGCAAGGACUGCGGAGGUUUGGGGGGCAUAGGGGACUGCCGGAACACCGGGGCGUCCAACGUUUGUACCCAUCGACCCCGACACGCGGGCUAGAUGCAUAGGUUGAGAGGCGCACGUGGAGGAAGCUGCUUGUCUGGCUGAUGCCGUGAGUGCCGCCACUUUUGUUUUUUCCCUUCGUUGUCAGUGACCACCAGCGAUCCUUUAUGUGAUGAUGCCUCUGGACUGGUUUUCGUUAUGAAAUAAAAACUCCCAGCCCAUCAUCUCCCACCUCCGAGUCCUUUGCCCUCUCUCUGCCCAAGCCCAACCUCGUCUGCCUUCAUCCAUCCCUACGCUGCCCAUGAGUCUCCAUAUCCGAGGAUCAGACUUUGGAAAGAAAAGAAAAAAAGAGAAAAAAACCCGAAAUAGACCGCCCCGAGGGCCCCGCCUCUGGUUACGGUAGUGAUUGGAGUCGAGGACCCACGGAGAGGAACGCAUUAGAAGCUCCUUAGCCUGGCGAGGAAGUGAAAGGUAAAGUCCAGAGUGGAACAGGAAACAUCCUCCAAAAUCGAGGGGCUGAGGAACUGCCACUAGGAAAAGGCGAGAAGACCGAAGUCCAGAUCCAGCCUCUGACACUCCUGGGAUUUAUUCACUGUGAAAAAUGUCAUCUUUAAAUUCAGUGGAGCUGAAUAGAGACAAGAAGGGGAACUUAGCUGACUUUCAGGCAAUAAAUUUGCCUGAUGUGGUACCACUACAAGACCUUAAAGCUAUUGAACAAACCCAGGCUGCUCAAGUGAUCCAGAGAGCUUGGUUUUCUCAUAUGGAUAGAAUGAUGUUUCAGCUCUUAAAACACACAAUUUGUGCAGCGGAAAAUUGUGUGACACAUGAAAUACUGAAGAAAGUGUGUCCCUUAGAGGCCGAUCUUGUAAAAGAUCCUAGUGUGCAAUGUAAAGUUAGAUUCAGAUUUGGUGGUAAGACUUUCCCACCUUUUAUUGUGUUUAAAAUUUUUCUUCACACUGGAGGCCAUGGGAACAAGUAUUUCAGUGGAAAAAAUACACUGAGGCCAUCAAGUGAGGCAGUGGUUGAUGCUUGCAAAAUAAUGGGAAAUCGGAAAUAUUAUGAUCAAAUAAUACAAGACCAACUUGAGUUCCAAAGGCAUAAAAUUGCUGAUGAAGUUGAUGUUGUUACCAUGAAAGAUUACAUGCAUUUUACCAGUUUUCUGGAUGAAACUCCAGCGUAUCUUGGUGGCAAAAGUAACUGCUGGAGAAGGCUGAGCCUGGAAAACAUCCCAAAGACAAUGAUAAUAUAUGACAUAAUGAAUUAUGCAGCUUCUGGAACACUCUCAGAUCGUCUACAAAAAGAAUUGAAGUAUCUGUCACAAAAACCAAAAUCUGUAGAGAUGCAACGUGACCAGCUCUGGAUUGUUUCUAAAAUUAGGUCGUCUUCACCCUCUUCUAUAAGUGUAUCUUCUUUACAAAGAUAUUAUCAACAACAACUAACAAAGCCCAACCAAUCAGGCCGUCGCACAAAGCAAGCACAAUUAAAGAUUGCAAAGAUGAGAAGAGCUUAUCGGAAUGAAAAAGAGAAAAAUAUGGAAGAAUCAAAUAAGCAAAAAAGAAAUGAAAAAGACAAACAACGUAUUGUUAUCAUUACACCAUCUUAUGAACUUCUGGGAAUUAACUCACCUAUUUCUGAUGAUGAAUUGGAGCAAGAAGCAAAGGAAUUAUUUUCUUGGUCCAAACAGCUCUGUUUUGAUAACUCAUAGUUAAUUAACAAAAUAAUCCAUACUGUUCAAUGUAUAAGUGAUUAUUAAUUCAACUAUUAACAAAUACAGGUAUGUAGAUUUUGCUCCUAACCCAGUUUAAGUGGUAAGUUUUCUUAGCCACAAAUGUUCUUGUCCAUCAGAAUUUGAAUAAAAAUAAAGUUAUGAUGUGGCAAAAUGCUA